AUGUUAUCUAACAAGAUUUUUGACGAUGUGAACGCGUCUAGAUACAAAGUUUUUUACCACGCUCUCUUCCAUGAUUUUGAAACUCUUCCCCGUGUUGCUAAUGCUGUAAUGCAAGAUAAAACCCUAUUUCCUUGUGGCAAGGAAUUUUUAAAAUUAGCAUUGCAAGGGAGGGAAUUAAAAAAGCUGGUUAAGGAUUUGGUAGAUUAUAUUUUGGAAGAUGCAUCGGAAAAUUACCACGACGAUCACGGUUACUCGUAUCUACACGGUGCCUGCAUGACUGGCAACGUGGCUGCGGUUCUUCGUUUCACGAGUCAAGGCGCGGACGUCGCUCUCGACAACUACGAGUACUCGCCAUUGCACAUCGCCGUCCAGUAUAAGAACACAGAAAUCGUUGAGAUCUUAUUAAAGCACGGAGCAAAUCCGAAUCGUCGAGACGGCAAUCAGUCGACACCCUUGCACCGACUUGUGCAAGUUCAGCGGUGUCUAUGCGAGUGCGACUAUGGUUGUCUCUCUUGUGCCGAUAAAAAGCCAGCCGAUGAAAUCGUCGCCAUGCUCACGAAGAGCGGAGCAAAUAUCGAAGCUCGCAAUUAUUUCGGAGAUACUCCUUUGCAGGCGGCGGUGUCACGUUUUAACGUCGAUCUUACGCGAUUACUUCUGCAGCACGGAGCAACACUGAGCAGUCUGAGCGAGCGCAAAAUGUUUAAUAGGUACUUCAGUAGAGCUGAAAUUAAAAACUAUCCUUUAACCGCGAACAUUAUUAAGGUGGUGCAAUUGUUGCAGUCAGCUGGUUACAAAUUGGAUUUGUAUUCAAGACUCGAUAUGAUCAGAUGUUGGAUGAAAGCUAGAGAAAAUUCGAAAUUGGACGAUGAAAGCACAGUAAACUUUUUGAUAAGGCCACAUUUGGAACUGUUUGCGGCGGAUCUCUUUAUGACUGAUUAUUGCACAUUACAUUUGCCGUACGUCGCUUGCCGCAAAGUUGCUGAACACAUGAGCGACGAGGAUCUAUUUCGUUUAUACAAGAAUACAGAGGAAGAUAAUCUACGAUCGUUGCCAAGGCCAAAAAGACGACGCAUUUUGUAA